AUGGAUUUUAGAAAGAUAAUUACAUCCGUAAAUCCACAACAAUACAAAUUUCCUUCUACUACACAAAAGAUUGAAUACAUUGUAUCACCAACACCAACGGAUAUAAAUAUUACAGAGAUUAACACGACAGAACAAUAUUUUCAGCAAUUUAUCGAACAAGUAAAUGCAUGGCUUCGAUGGUUUGAUAAAUUUCUUUUAAUAUUUUUACAUGUUAUCGAAUGGUUAAAAAAUUGGAAUGUCGAUGGAACUGUUCAAUUAUUUAACGAUAUGCGUACAGCAAAAAAUAAUUCAUCAAUUAGUAUAAUUCAAAUGAAAACAAUAGUUGAAAGAACAUUAAAACUUCUUCGACCAUUUAAUGAUCUUCGACGACUUUGUUAUCUAAUUAAUUGCUUAACAUCAUUUCAAUUAAUUGAUUCUGGUACACAGAAUAAUCAAAUUAUUUCAGAAAAUUAUAUUCGUGAAUUAAAACGAUUUCAACCUAAUAAUUCAUUUACGGUAGAUGCAAAACUUAUUUUCGAAUAUAUAGUUCCUAUAAAUGAUCGUCAAAAUGUUCAAUGGUGUAUUGCUAGUGAAAAACAUCCAUGUAAUAUUCAAAUUAAAUUUCAAACAACUGACUUAAAUUAUGAUUCUCAAAUGUUAUUUUUCAAGGAAAAAAUUUCUAUCGAUAAACAUAUUCUACAAGGAGAAUUUGAAACGCAAAGUGCUGGUCAAUUAAUGAUUAUCAUCAAUAAUCAACAAUUGCAUGCUUCACGUACUAUAUGGUAUCGAAUAAUGCAAACACCAUUAUCAACUUCUCAUCUAUUUCAUGGUAUAUUUAAUAUGUUCUAUCAACAAUAUUAUAGACAAUCGAUAGGAACAAUUAAAGAAGGUGAAUUAAGUCAAGUACUCGAUAAAGUAUUUACAUUUAUUGAUAAUCUUUUGAAUGGUACUGUAAGUUUAAAAGACAUGGCUGAUCUUAAAGCAGUUUUCUGUGAUAAAAAUAUUCAUGUUAGAGAAGAAGUAAAAAAACUUUUUACUAAUCGUUCUUUUGAAGAAGGAACAAUGAAAAAACGAUCAUCAAUUGUUACUACAACAGCAAAUAGUCCUAGUGAGAAAGAAAUCGAACAAGUUUGUGAAUGGCUUCAAAUCUAUCAAUAUUAUAGUCAUAUCAAUAUAAUUAUUAAUUGUAUUGAAACAUUUGAUAUAUUACCAGUUGAUAGUAAUGAUGAUGAUCAAUUAAUUGGUCAUCUCAAACGUUUAUGUGAUGAAAAUUGUUCACUACGAGAAAUUACACAAACAUACGAAAUUGUAAAACGACAAUUUAAAAAUUUAUCAAGUCAACAUUUACAAUUAAUUAAAACAGCACUUGAAUGUUCAACUGUUGUUCAAAUGAUGAAAAAAUCUGAUUUAUAUUCACCACAUGGACGUCGUCGAUUUCAAGAAUUACGAGAUAAUUUAACAACACAAUUUCAACUUCAAGAACGUAAUAAUAUGAUUCUUAAUUCAUGGAUUAUUGCCUAUGCAUUAUGCGAACCAUUUGUUCUCAAAGCAAACAAUUUUGAUGAAUUUGUUAAUCGUAUUGCUGGAUUAUCAAAUUUUGAAGAAAAUUCUCUAAAUCAUAUGCAAAUUGUCAAUGAAAAUGUACAAAUUGUAAAUAUGUGGCUAUCGGCAGAAGAAACAUCAGUACUAGAUAAUGCUCUUAUAACAAUGGAACAUUUAUAUCGAACUGGUAAAGUAAAAAUACGUCUUAGACAUUUGAUGAAUGAACAAUCUUAUUUUGAAAUGACAUAUUCGAUUGAUAAAAUAAAAAGUGAACCAUUGCAAAGAGCUGAUUCAGAACAGGAUGACUAUGAACAAUACAAUGAAGAAGAAGAAGAACAUGAACAAUAUCAAUCUGAAAAACUUAAGUUUACAUUGUCAAUGGCUGAUAUCGACGAUCACAAACGUCAAUUAACAUUCUGUAAUGUUGAUCUACAAGAAAAUAUGUUUUAUAGGAAAAUAUUAUUGAAUGAACAAUUAAAACUAUUAAAAAUUGUUGAAAAUAUAUAUAUUAUACUUGUUAAAUUAGAAAUGAGUGGUCAUCCAGAUUAUCAACUUAGAGAAGAAGAUUAUGAAAUACAUGAUCGAACAGGUGAAAUCGAUGCUAUACUCAUGGAUCUCAGAAAAGAUAAUCGUAUUAGAGAAGAUCGAUUAAAACGUGUCAUCAAGACUCGUACAGAAAAUUUAGAAUUGAUCUAUCGUGCAUUAGAAACUGCUUAUAAAAUGUGGAUAAAAAAUUUAGAACGAUAUAGACAAGAUAGUCGUUUAUUAAAUUUAUUCUCCAAUCGUCAAAUAAUGAUUCUUAUUAUUUUAUUAACAACAUCAACAACACAAAAUCAAAUCAAAUGUCAUUUUCUUGAAAAAUUCUCAUUAUCAAAAGAUGUUAUCAAUCAUAAAGAAAAAGAAUUAAAAUUAACUAUUCAAUGUUUGAUACAUUAUUUACGUUCACUUAAAAUGCAUGAUUGUGAUUUAUCUGAAAACAAUAUAUCAUAUCUCUAUGAAACAUAUAAAAUUACACCUAAUUCUAAUGUUGAAACAAGUCUUGAGAAAUUGUCAAAAUUUCUACAAGAAUUAUUUAAUAAUGGAAGAGAAUUAUUGAAAAAAAAUCCAUCAAUCAAUGAAAAUCAACAAUAUCUUGUUACACCAAACAUGAUGAGACACAAUACAUCGGAAAAAAUAUCACUCGAACACGAUCUUGAUAUGGAAACUUGUUGUAUUUUAUUAAAUCUAUUCAAUGAUCGACUACCAUCUGUUUAUCAAAUAUUAUGGUGUUCGAUUGCUAGUGAAGAAGAUAUUCGUUUGUUCUUUGCACGAGUACGAACAUUUUAUUAUUUAAUAUUUGUUAUUAUGGAUAUUGAUAAAAUGCAUCAUCGUCUUCGAGAAUUCUUAUUAAAUGAACAAGAUGAAUUAACACGACAAGAACAACCUCAUGGACCUGUCUAUUAUUUUUCACGAGAAUUAACAACAAGUCGAAAAGGUUUAAGACCAUUUCAUAUAACACCUAAAUAUCGAAAUUCUAGUCAAACUUAUACACAAUUAAUUCGAUUAUUUCAACAAAAUGAUUGGACACAACCACAGAUUCAAAUUAUUUAUGGAAAUGCGGGAAUUGGAAAAACUCAUUAUAUCAAUACAAAAUAUAAAAAUGAAGAUACAUUUUGUUUUAGUAUAAAUGAUACAUUAAAUUUAUCAUCAUUGAUAAGUUCAUUUCUAUCAUUUGAUUCAAGAAUAACAAAUGAUAAUCCAUCAGUUUCUUUUAAUAUAUCAAUUCAUGCACCAUUCGAAGAAUUAAAUCGUACUUUUUUAUCACUUUUCAUUUGUGGAUCAUUAACUGAUACAAAUACUGGUCUAACAUUUUCUUUACCAGAAAAUCAACAAUGGAAAUUUUUUAUUGAAAUUCCUCAUACAGAUAAAUAUCAUAUGACAAUUACAGAAAAUUUUCAUCGAAUUUUACCUAUAUUAUCAAUUAUAUCACCAUAUACAUUAGAAGAAAUUACUGAUGAAAAUUAUCAAUUAUUUAUUGGACAAGAAGAAGAACUUGUUGCUCGAUUUUUAAAAGCUUAUGAAAAUGGAACAAUCAAUCGUUUUCUAACAAUAACUAAUACAGGUAUAGAACAACCAGUAGAUUUCGAAGAAUUAACAAAUUCAAAUGAAUGUCGUCAUGAAAUAUAUAAUUGUAUAAAAAAAUAUGCACCUGAAAUACCACGAAAUAAAAUUUCUGAACUUUCAUUUACGAAAUUUUUAUAUCGUCGUAUUCGAUUUUUUACUGGUCAUUAUUAUCGUUUUAAUAUGACUUGUGAAUAUCUUGGUUCAUCAGUUAUGAAACAAAUGAUUAAUGAAGCUAAAUCUCUUGCACAUAUUGAUUUUCGACAUAGUAAUUAUCCUCGAAAUUAUCUUGUCUAUGAUCCUAAUUUUUCUUUACAUUUAUUACAUAAUAAUUGGAAUAAUGUUUCAAUAGAUUUAAAACGUCUCUUCAAUAAUAAAAAUCCUUCACUUGGCAAAGAUUUUAAAAAUAAAGAUUAUUUUGCUAAAUGUUUAUCAUGGCUUAUCGAUAUAAAAUAUCAUGAUUUUGAAAAAAUAAUGAAUGAAACAAAAUUUAUUUUAACAGAAAAUUUUGCUUAUAAACUAUUUCAUGUUCAUGAACGUAAAUUAACUCGACUAUCAUUAAUUAUUGAAGGUGAUACUGGUGUUGGAAAAACAUUUCUUCUUAAAUUCUAUUCAUUAUUAUUAAAUUCAAAUAUAAUCAAUGCUCCGAUUUAUGAUAAUGUUGCUCCACGAAUUUUAGAACGUACGAGUCUAUGGUUAUUGACAACUAUCAUUGGUGAUAUUUUAGAGAAUGAACCAAAUUUAUUGAAUAGAUUUCUACAACGAAUAAAACCAAAAUUAUUGGGACUCAAUGAUGAUCAAGAAGAUGAAACAGAAGUAGCAAACAUCUAUCAUCCUUAUGUACAACCAUCUGAUGAUGAUGAGGAUGAGGAUGAGGAUGAGGAUGAGAAUGACCCGAGUUUAAUCGAUGAAAGAGUCAUGUAUCGUGAAUCAAAACCACUUGUUCCACCUCCACUAGAACAACCAGUAGCAGAAUUAGUUGAUAUUCCAUUAUUAAAAAACUUGAAAAGUUCAUUAGGAAAUUUCGAAUAUAACAAUGAUAUUUUACGUUAUAUUUGGAAAACGAUUAUGAUUGUCUCAAGUGAAAAUGCAAUGAAUAUCACUCAAAAACUUAUCAUUGCAUUGCAUGAAUAUGUUACAAAUCAACUAGUCAAUUAUCCAUUGAUUGAAGCCAGUUUUCAACUUCAAACAUUACUUAAUGAUUCACGUUCUCCAACUGUACAAAAAUCAAUUGAAAUUUUCAAUGAAUAUUUAAUUCAUACACAAAUUAAACCAUUAUUUUAUCGUCUAUUAUUACAUCCAGGUAUAACGGAAGAACAACUUAAACAUUUUAUGUUACCUAUUUGUCAAUUAGCUCGAGAAUUACCUCAUAUUGAAUUAGUUAUUUUCUUUGAUGAAGUUAAUACUUCAUCAUGUCUUGGAUUAUUUAAAGAAAUGUUCAUGGAUCGAACAUUACAUGGAAAUAAUCUACCGAAAAAUCUAUUCUUUACUGCUGCUAUCAAUCCAUCUAUUAAACCAAGUGAUGAUAAUCUUGUUCAUCGACAAGAUUAUCUCGUACAUCAAUUACCACAAGCAUUAGAAAAUUUAAAAGUUUCCUAUGGAACAUUAGAAACAACAUCAUUAAAAGAUUAUAUUAUUAAGAAAAUUGCUAUGUUUCGUGUUAAUUCAGAAAAUAAUCAUCAAAUGGUAAUACCAUUGGAAGAAUAUGCACAAGAAAUGCUUGCCGAUUCUAUUCUUAAUGCACAAGAUUUUUGUGAACGAUAUCUUGGACGAAAUUCAGUUUCACAACGAGAAAUUCAACGAUGUUUUAAUUUAAUUGAAUUCUUUUGGAAAAUACGAUUUGAUGAUGAAAUUGAAUGUAGCAAUGAUUUAUAUCAACCGAAUCCUAUUCGAUGUAUUGCAUUAGCAUUAGCUUUGAUUUAUUAUUUUCGACUUCCAACCGAAGAAGAUAAUGCACAACGAAAUGAUAAACACACACCAACACGCGAACAACUUGCCAGACUACUUUCUCGAACAAUACCAAAUUUUGUUGAUAUUAUUCAAGGUGAAUUGGACAAAUUUGUAAAUACUGACAAUUUUGUUAUUCCACAUGCUGUUGCCAUCAAUCAAGCUGUUCGUGAACAUAUAUUUGCUAUUAUCGUUAGUGUCGUCACUCGAACACCUUUGUGUAUAAUCGGAGCACCAGGUCAAUCGAAAACAUUAUCAUUUCAAAUUGUUUUACAAAAUCUACAAGGUUCACAACUAUCGAUAAAACCAUUUUGUAAACGUUUACCAGCUAUUGAUCCUUUCUUCUGUCUUGGAUCAAAAUAUAGUCGUUCGGAAGAUAUAGCCUAUAUAUUUGAACGAGCUCUUAAACGUGAACAACAAUAUGAACAAAAUCGUAUGAAUACACGAUGUGUUGUUUUCUUAGAUGAAGCUUCAUUACCUGAUGAAAAGAAAAUGGUUUUAAAAGUUUUACAUCCUUAUUUAGAUGAAUGUAAAGUUGCAUUUGUAGCCAUUGCAAAUAAAUCAUUUGAUGCUGCUAAUGCAAAUCGAAUGAUUUGUGUUUAUCGUUCAUUACCAUCCGACGAAGAUCAAAAGAUAUUGGCUUAUGGUUGUCUUGGUCUACAAAUCAAAGAUAAUCAACAACAAGCAGUAGACAAUCGUCUUCAAGCAAUUAUUUAUGGUCUUUGUCAAGGUUAUCGUCGUUUAUUAAAUACAUCGAAUAUUCCUCAUAUUUAUCAUGAUCGUGAUUUUAUUUAUAUGUUACGAGAAUUACGUUUCGAAUUGACAACAACAACAACAACAACAACAACAGAUGAUCAAGAACCAAGUAUAACUGGAAUUACACCAUUAAGUCUUUUACGAGCACUUGAAGAUAAUUUCAAUGGAGUAAAUAAAGAUGAAUUUGAGAAAUUAGUUCAAAUAUUUUUUCAAGCUGUUCAAGAACAAUGUUCUGAUUUUCGAAUACCAUCAAUUCGUCGUAAUAUACCAACUAUUCUACAUGAAUCAAUGAAACUUGAUUCAAUACGACGUCGUCUUUAUGGUCGUUAUAAAUUAAUUAUUGAUGAAUCAGAAGAUGAAAGUGCUGUUGGUUUAUUAUCACAAAAUGAUAUAAUUAAUAUGGAUCCAAAUCGAACAACUGUUUUUCGUAUGUCAGAUUUUCCUGAUGAUAUUCAUAAUGAAUUACGAAAUGUUGAAAUAUUAUCAACAAUAAAAUUAUGUAUGGAAACAGGAAAAACAAUAUUAAUGGUUAAUACAGGACGAAUACAUGGUUCACUUUAUGAUGUUUUUAAUCAAAAUUUUUCUAUAAUGGCAACUGGUGAUAUGAGAAAAAUUUUUUCAAAAGUUGCUAUUGGUCCUAAAACAAUUGAUGUUGUUGUUCAUGAAGAUUUUCAAUGUAUUGUACAUAUUAAACGAAGUGAAUUUAAAGAUAUACCAGCACCAUUUCUUAGUCGUUUUCAAAAAUAUUCAUUAAGUGUUUAUGAUUUUUAUCGUAUACAAUAUGAACAACUUUCUUUAAAUGAACAAAUAAUUAUGAAAAAUAUUGAAGAUAAAUUACAAACAUUUAUUCAACAUUUUGGACGACAAUAUUUUUAUGGUUUAAAUGAUAAUACAUUAUAUUCAUGUUUAUUAUCACUUAUUAAAAAAAAUGAAAAUGAACAAAAUUAUUUUAUUAAUAUUCAACAAUAUUAUACACAAUUAAAUAUUAAAACAAAAUCAUUUAUUGAACAAUAUUCAAGUAAUAUACAAUUAUGUAUUUUACGUUUAGUUAUAUCAAAAUUAAUUCAACUUGUUUCACCUGAAUCAAUUAUUCUUAAAUUACCAACAUUUGAAGAUAAAAUUGCACGUUGGUUAUGUACAAAUUAUUUUCAUCAACAAGAACAUUUUCAUAUUGAAAAUUUUAUUCAAAUAUUUAUAUCAAAUCCAUUAAUUGAUUUUCAAAAUGAAAAUUUAUUAACAACAAUGGAUACAAAAGUACAACAAUUAAAUGAUAUUAAUAUUACAAGAAAAGUUAUUAUAUUUACACGAACAUCAUCUUAUAUAAUUGGUCUCAAUGAACAAUCAAACUAUGAACUAUUUACUGGAUUAAAUUAUAAUGAAUAUACCGACAAUAGUGAAAAUAUUGAUAUACUCAAUCUGACGGUUAUUGAAAAUUCAAUGGAACUUGAAGAAAAAUUUCAAAAUUUUGAAAAAGAUGAGAAAAAAAAAGUUUUAAUUGUUAUAAUCAAUGCACGAAUUAUUCAACAACGUUUACAUAUUCCAUACGUACGACAAUUAAUUGAUAAAACAGAAUAUUCAUGUAAUAUACUCAAUAAAAAACAAGAUAAAUAUUUUCUCAUGUUAAUACAUUCACCAGCACAAGAACAAUAUCAUCAAUCAUCAUUUCCUUCGAUUUUCUUACAUAAUUGGGAUUUUUAUUUUUUUGAUAGUUGUGCACCAGGAAGUGCAUUUCAUCUUCAAAAAAUGUUACAAAUUCUAUCAUCAUCUUCUGAUCAACAACAACAACAAGAAUCAUUUGAUAAUACUUUAUGUGAUUUAAAUAUAUUAUUUGAUGAUUGUUUAUGGGAUUUUUGUUCACGAAUUCAAAUAGCUCUACAAGAAUUACCAGAAGAUAUGUUUAAAAAUAAAUUAGCUUAUGAAUUUUAUAAACGUCAAACAAAUACAAUACGACGUGUACAAUGUUUAAAACAAAUUCUUCAACAAUCAAGACAAUUACAAAAUCGUAUUGUAACUAUUUAUCAUGAUCAUUUAUCAAAUAAAAAAGAAUCAUCAAAAAAAAUUUAUAAUUUAAUUUAUCAAAUAUCAAAAGAUAUAAUAUGUGGUAAACGAUUUGAUGGUCUUGUUGAAUCUAUUCAAUCACAAACACGUAUUUCAUUUACAAAUUUUGUUUCAAAUGUAUUUAAAUUUAUUGUUAAUGAUUAUGGUUUAGAAACUUUAUUAACAUUAUCAAAUAUACAAAAUGGAUAUGAUUCAAUGUUAGAAUUAAUUGAUUAUUCUUCAUUUGCAAUUGAUGAUAAUAAAGAUAAUAUUUCAUCAACAAAUCAAGGUAUAUUUCAACUUGUUUCUCAUUAUGCUUGUAUUCCACAAACUCCACUCUAUUAUUUAUUUCAUCAACGAAUCAAAUCUUAUGCUGAAGAUAUUAAACUAACACGAAUUCUUAAACAAGCUGAACAAAAAGAAAAAGAUGAUAUGCCUCGUCAACAUUAUUAUGCAGUUCCAUCAAUAACUACAAUGGAUAAUAAUUAUAAUGAUGAAAAUGAAAUGAUUGAAUAUACAUUCGAACAAUUUCGAUAUGAAUUAAUAAAAUUAAUAUUAAAUGAUAAAAUUUUAACUGAUAUUAUCAAUGAACAUAUACUUAAUUCUUAUUCAAAUGAUCUUGUUCGAACUUUUUGUACAAUUGUUGAGAAAAAUUUCGAUGAAAAUCUUAUUCAAUGUCAAAAAACAAUCGAAUUUAUUUCACAUUGGUUAUUACUUGUUGAUGAUAAUGAUCGACAAUCUUUAGAAGAAUCUCCAAAUAAACAUGUUUGGCUUCUUGCUCAUGUUUAUACAUCAUUUGAAUAUGAUCAAAAUGAUCUUUUUUCUUUAUAUUCAGCUUGUCGAAUAACAGAUCGACUUGAUUUAAAACAAUCAUUUUAUGAUAAUUUAUUACACGACAAUCAUGUAACACGUUCAGAAGUACGUGAAAAAUUAUUUAGAUUUAUGUUUGAUAAUUUAUGGAAAAAUCUUUGUGAAUUUUGUUCAAAUAAUAAUACAGGUGAAAUAUGGAUGCAUAUUUAUACAUUUAUUUCAAAAUAUUAUCCAUCAGAUAAAGUUCUACAACGUACACAACUUAUUGAAAUUAAAGAACAAAUUGAAUUUAUGAAUUUAGCCUAUCUUAUUCUUAUUAAUGAUAAAAUUCCUCAAGCAAAAGAACUUGUAUCAAAUCUAUUGAAAGAUAUACAUCUUGUUCAUAUUAAUAAUAAUUAUUUAAAUAGAAAUCAAGGAAAAUCACUCUAUUUAAAAUUAUUAUCAAAAAUUAUUGAUUUUAUUCAACAAUAUUUUGAAAAUAAAAAUAUUAAUAAUUCAACAUUAAUGAUCGAUAUACAACAAUGGAUAAUUUCAAUGUUAAAAUCAUCUACAGAAUCAUGUAAAGAAGAAAUUGAAAAUCUUUUUAAAGGUUUAAAUCGAUCAACUUAUCAAUUAUCAUUACCUAUGAAACAACUUUUAUUUGAUAAAUUAGCUAAUUUAUAUAUUGAAUCUAUACGACAUAAUAGAAUAAUAUUUGAUUAUUGGGAACGUCUUAUAAUACUUUUACCAUUAAUUAUCGAAUGUUUAGAAGAUGAUAAUCUUCAAGAAGAUUAUCAAUUACCAUAUCAUUCAUCGAUUAUUAUUAUUGAUAAUCAACGACAACCAUUAAUUGAUUUAUUUUUUUUUCAUCUUCAACGAUAUUUUAAUGAUGAAAUGAUUAAAUGUGAAUUAGUUAAUAAAAUUAUGCAAUCAAAAUUAUCAAAUAUGAGACUUAAACGUUCGAAAAUAGCUAUAGAAAUCUUUAAAAAAUUAAAAGAUUAUUUUCUAUUACGAUCAACUGCUUUAUUAUUAUGUCAAACAGAUAUAUCACCUGAUGAUCAACGAAUAAUUAGUCGUAUUACAUUAACAAUUAUCAAUCAAUAUUUAUCAAUUGAUCGAGAAACAAUUCAACUUAAUCAAUAUCUUCAAAUCUUUCUCUCAACUAUUAUAUCAAAACGAUCAUGGAAUUUUCUUUUCAAUUUAUUAAAAUCAGAUCAUAUACAACGUCUUAAUAAUCAAUGGGCAACAACAUUAUCUUGUCUAUUAGGAAUGAAACAAACAGUACAACAUAAUAAAUAUCUUCAAUUAUGUCAUCAAAUACAAUUUACAUUAUCAAUAAAUAAUAUAUCAUCAAUAUUUCCAAAAUUACAUCAACCUUAUGAACAACUCAAACAUAUUCUAAAUAAUUGUGUUAAAGAAAAUAUUGAUGAACAACAAUGGAAAAAUCUAUUAGAUUGGAUUGAAUUAAAACGAAAUAUGAAUCCAUCUGAUUUAAAUUUAAAAGAAAUUAAAGUAAUUUUAUUAUUAAAUAUCUAUUAUGAUUAUUAUUGUAAUAAUCAAUUAGCAUCUCUUCAUACAUUAUUAGAAUUUAUUGAAAAUACAUUAGAACUAUUACCAGAAGAAUUAAGAGUAUUUCGUGCUAUUUUACAACCUGAACAAUUUAUAAUUGGAUAUCCAAGAGUAAAUGAUAAUGCCGAAAAAAAUUUUCUUAAUAAUUUAUUCACACUUAAUUGUCAAGAUGAAGAUGAAUUAUGUAUUCGUCAUUCACUUGUUAAUCUUAUUGCUAUGAUUCUUAUGGGUGGAAAACAAUCUUUCUUAUGGACAUUUGCAUUUCAUCCAUCGACAUUGCAGAAUACAUUUGGUUUUGGAUCGACAACACAUCAUAUCAUUCAAAAUAAUGGUGUACAUUAUGAUUGUGGUUGUAUUAUAACACAAAAUGGAGAUUUAAUGCAAUUUGAAAGAACACAUGUAAGUGAACUCAAUGUACCAGCUGUUUAUGUUGCUUAUUUCUCAACAUUUGGUGCUCUAGCUUGGCAUUUAUUAUUAUUCAACGAAUCUGUUCAAAAUUUGUAUGGUCCUAUAUUAGCAGCACAUGCAAUUGCUGAUGAUACAGCUGUAUGUCGUCUUGCAGGUAAUAAUGAUCGAACAAAAGUAUGUCAUUUUGUUCGUGCUCGAUUAUUAUCAACAUUUAAUUUUCUAUCAAUUCGUUCGAAUCAAGAUGAUGCAUGUAUUCUAUUGAAUCGUUGCUUAGAACAAAUGGCAUUUUUAACUAUAAAUCAUCAACAAAUAGAAAAUUCUUGGAUUAAACCUAUUUUUCAUACAUUGAAUGAUGAAUUAAAAGCUGAACAAGCAUAUCAAAAUCAAGUUUUCUAUUUUGUUCAUGAAAAAUUAGUAGAAUAUAAAACUUAUAUUAAUCAAUUAAAUUUACAAUCACAAAUUCAAACAAAUCUACAAGAUUUUAUAAAUCAAAUGCCAAUUAUUAUUCAAUUUUUACAUUUUAAAACUGAAUUACAUAAUCCUAUUCAUUCAAAAUUACCAAUUAAAAUCUUACGACAUAUUCUUGAUUCAAUGGAUUUUCUUAAGAUUACAAAAUGGAUUUAUAAUCUUAGUCAAUUUUAUCUUCUUCUACAUCAAACUUAUACUCAAUUGAUUGAACAAGAUGAAUUUCAUAAAAUAACAUUAGAAGAAUUAUAUAAUCGAGGUCAAAAACAUUAUAAUGAACCACAUCAUUUUCAAUAUUAUCAUAGAAAUAAUAAUUAUUCAUUGAUUAUUGAUAAAGGAAUUGAAGCUGUCAAUGCUUAUCAUAGUUUUACCGAUGGUCUUAUUCGACCGGGUGCUUGUGAUCAAACUCAACGUUUUACGAAAAUUACACGUGAAACACCCAUACACUAUUUAGUUACAACAGCGAAUUAUGAUGAAGGAGAUAUUGUUAUGCGUAUACUCAGUGUUUUGAUUGAUUAUCACAAUAAUCUAUUGAAUUCAUUGGAAAAAGAAAUGAAUAAUAAUGAUAAUAAUAAUGUGUUUGGAGCAUUGAAGAAUUUAGUUAAUAAUUUGACUUCAAAAGAAGUUUCAAUUUUACAAAUCGUACAUGAUAAUACUGGUGUAAUUACAUUAACUGAAAAUGAUUGUUUAUCAAUUGAACAAUUAUCUUGUGCAACUCUUAUCAAUGAAAAUGAUGAAUAUUUUCAAAGAAUAGAUACAAAAUUUAACUUUGAUUUUAUCUAUCUUCAAUCAUAUAUUAUUCGUACAUAUCUUCUAUUUUGUCAUAUUAAUUAUCGACAUAUUAUUCAAAAUUAUCAAUGUCAUAAAAAACGAAUACAAGGAAUAGUUGAUGGAGAAAUUUUUGAUCUUGAUGAAAAAUAUUCAAUUCAAUUAACUCGUCAACAAUUAGAAAAUGAUUGGAAUCAUUUAAAAGAUAUGUAUUUAGAUAAACUCUAUCAUAGUCAUAAUCUUCUACGACAAAUAACAAUUAUUUUAAAAAAUUAUCAAGAUGAUUUAUCUCAAAUAAAUCUUUAUGAAUUUAUUCAAUCAUUAGGUGAUGAUAAUAAUCUAUAUGAACAAAUUCAACAAUAUGAAAUAAAAGAUUUUCAAUUAUGUUAUAUUGAUCAUAUUCGACAAUUAUAUGCUAAUUCAAUAAGUGGUUUUCAACAUUUAUUUACUGAUGUAUCUCAAUUACUUCGUAUUUCAAUUGAUAAUCAAUUAGAUUAUGAACUUAAUCAAAUGUUAACAGGAGCAAUAAUUAGUAUUGAUUAUAAUGAUAAUAUUGAUAAAAUAAAAUUAACAAUACAAAUGAUAACUGAUUUAUUAAAUGAUUUAAGAUUAAUUGAAAAUUUUCUAUUACAACAAUCAAAUCAUUCAUUAAAAGAAACAUGUGAUAUUUUAAAUAUUGAAAAUUCUAUUCUUAGUUUUAUACCAAAUGAAAUAAAAUGUGAAAAUUAUGUUGCUGUUAGUAUUCAUUUAAUACGUAUGAGAACAAUACUUCAAGAACAAAUUGUUAAUAUUGAAGAAAAACAAACUAAACAAUGGAAUGAAAAUUUUAAUAUUAAAUCAUCUUUCGAAGAAGAACAACAACAACAAAAACAAGUUAAUCGUUUUCUUGAUUUUCUUAAUGAACAAUCAUCAAUAUCAAACGAAACAUCACAAAAUAUAAAUGAUUCAAAUGAUAAUGAUAUUUGGCCAGAAAUUCUUCAUGAUAUAACUAAUUAUUCGAACACAGAUAAUUUACUUGAUCGUGAAGAUUUUCCUCGACAAUUACAACAUUCAACAAUCGAAGAACAUGUAGAAUACUCAUCUCUAUUUGAAUUACAUAUAAAAUUUGUUUCGUUAACAUUAUCAACUUUAUUCGAACAGAUUCAUAAACAAUGUCAAGAACAACAAACACAAAUGAUACCCUUGAGUAAAGCACAAAAAUUUAUCAUCACUCAUCCAGAUGGUAAAGCACAUAUUUAUUUAUGGAAAAGUGAAAAUUUAUUUGAAAAAUUACGUCAUCUUUUUGACAAAGAAAAAUAUGAUAUUAAUAGAUUUGUUAUCGUUGAUAAAAAUGAAAUUUUGAUCGAUUUUACAAAUAGAAAUGCUCAAUUACCAUAUGAAAUAUCUCUAGAAUAUUUUAUUAUUGAAAAGACUUUAUUAUAUUCAAUUCAAUUCAAUUUUCAAAGAAAAUUAUUUGAAUAUUUCGCUACAUUAAAAAGUAAUAUCUCUAUAGUUAUUGAUCGUUUUAUCAGAGAUAAUAACAUUAAACUCUUAUCAAACAAUAUUUAUCUCUGUUUCUUCGAUGAACAUGGAAAAAGUAUCGAUAAUGGAACUAUCGCUGACUUAAGUAGUCAAAUAAAUCAUCUUGACAAUAAAACAAUAUCAAUUACAGUUACAGAAGAAGAUAAUCAAACGAGUAUGCUGUGUGAAGUCACUUUACGAUCUAAACAAAAUGGAGAACAAAUAAGUUUAUUUCAUCCGACAACAAAAUGGCAGCAAGUUAACCAAUGGUUAAAACAUUUUAUUCAAUUGAUUGAUUCUUCUGUUAAUGAAUUUGCUUUUUUUGAUAAAGAACAAAAUAUAAUUAUCGACGAAAAUCAAUCAAUAUCUUCAACAAUAGAGCAAACAAAAUCGACAAUUAUCGAUGGAAUUAGUCGAGAUACUACAACAAAUGUAAUUUUUUCCUAUGAAAAUAAUAGUGUAUUAGUACAUGCACUAAAAUCAAUGAGAAUUUGUCAUGUAUUAAACAAUGAACGUCUUUUAAGAGAAUUACAUCUUAUUGAUAUAUCUCCAAAUGAUUGUGUUCUUGUCUUAGGAGAAAUGAAUGAACGAAUUUUAUCUCAAGAUGAUAUUCGACAAUCUAUUGGAAAUCAUGUAAAUAUUAAUAAUGAACCGAUUCAUUUUCGAAUAUCAAUUUCAAUUCAAAUAAUGAAAUAUGAUAAUCAAGAACCAUUACAAAUACUCUUAUCAAAUAGAAAUAUAACUAUUGAAGAUAUUUUUCAAUUAAUAAAGACUUCAAUCGAUAUUUAUAAAUAUUUAGCUUCGAAUUAUUCUAAGAAAAUUCUUGAUUAUAAUGAAAAACUUUCAAAUUUAAUUGAUACAAAAUUUAUUCUAGUCAAAGAAGAUGAAACAUGUCUUAUAUCAAUUGAAAAAUCAAAAAAUAGUCAAUUAAUUGAUAUUGAUGAUGAUGGAAAAAAUGAUAUUCAUCAACGAUUUACUAUUUUUGCUACAAUUGGUGAUAUUUAUAGAGAAAAUCAAAUUGAUAUUGAUCAUCAAAAUCUUUUAUAUGACAAAGAUUUUGUUCCAUCAACAGAAAUUCAAUUGAUUUGUUUUUCAUCAAUAUCAUCUAUUAUUCGAUUUAAUUUGAUUGAUGGUAAUUUACCAGUUACAGUAAUUAUUAUAAAUAAUCAAAAUAAUAAAUCAAUCAAAUUUCAUUGUUCAUUAAUGAUGACAGUUAAACGUUUAUUUUUUAUUGCUUGUCAAUUAUUUGGUUUAAAUAAUAAUAAUUAUUAUCGAUUGAUGCAUAUCGAUUGUUUACUCGAUGAUGAUGAAGUUUCUUUAGAUGAUAUUGAUUCAACAAUGAAUCAAAUUCAAUUUCAAUUAAUUUCAAUAGCAUCAAUAAAUAGUUCAAUUAGAUAUGAUGAUCAAACAAUUGUCUUACCUUGUUCUGAUAAUACUUUAGCAGCAACAAUUAUCGAAGAAACAUUAAAACAAUUACAUAUUCCACAAGAAAAUCAUCAUAUUUAUGAAUUGAUUGCUUUAGCUGAUGAUCGAACAACAAUUGAAUCGGAUAUGUCUAUUGAAGAUGUUUAUCAAUUAUUUCCUUCUCAUCCGACAACAAUACCAUUUGAAUUAAUAAAGAAAAAUGAAUAG